UGUAGAUUUACUCAAGUGAUCCAUACCCCAUACAAGCGAUCGGAGGGAGUAUGUUUGGAUUGCGUUGGGUUUGGAGGCGGUCUUAGUUCCUUCUAGACGCUAGAGCCUACUAUUAGUUGGACCAUCAUGACCUAUUCUGUUGGACUCACAGUCAUAGGCAGGCUAAGGCUUGUGGAAUUGGCCCAGUCCAAUUAUCCACGACCAAACUAAGUAGUCCUGAGCACUGCGAUCGGGGUCUCCGGCGCCACUACCAUUGAUUUGACGAUUCAUUCAGCCAUGGCGGGGAAAUCAACGAUGCAACGAAAGAAAUCGGAGGGAUUGACCCGGAAAUUUUUCAAAAAUCCAAAAGUAGCCUUCGCUUUGAUUUUGCUAGUCGCCGAUGCCGUCCUCGUCGCCCUUAUUAUCGCAUACGUCCCUUAUACAAAGAUAGAUUGGGACGCUUACAUGUCACAGGUUAAUGGGUUUCUUGGUGGAGAAAGAGAUUAUAGCAACUUGAAAGGCGACACAGGGCCAUUGGUCUAUCCAGCUGGCUUUCUCUAUGUUUAUUCUGCUAUACAGUAUGUUACAGGAGGAGAAGUUUAUCCUGCUCAAAUUUUGUUCGGCAUUUUGUACAUUAUAAAUCUGGGAAUUAUCUUAUUCAUCUAUUUGAAGACUGAUGUGCUUCCUUGGUGGGCUCUUACCUUGCUUUGUCUGUCAAAAAGAGUGCACUCUAUCUUUGUGCUUCGUCUUUUCAAUGAUUGUUUUGCCAUGACUCUCCUUCAUGCUGCAUUGGCCUCAAUUAUUUACCAAAAGUGGCAUUUAGGAUUAAUCAUUUUCAGUGGGGCUGUUUCAAUCAAGAUGAAUGUGCUCCUCUAUGCUCCGUCUUUACUACUCCUCAUGUUAAAGGCUAUGGAUAUCAGUGGGGUGAUAUCUGCUUUAGCUGGUGCUGCAUUGGUACAGAUAGUCUUGGGGCUGCCUUUUAUCAUAUCUUAUCCGCUUGCAUAUUUAUCAAGAGCCUUCAAUCUUGGGCGCAUCUUCAUUCACUUUUGGUCUGUUAACUUCAAGUUUGUUCCUGAGCCAAUUUUUGUAUCGAAAAAGUUUGCAGUAUCUUUAUUGAUUGGUCACCUCGUGUUGCUUAUAGCUUUUGCUCAUUUUAGAUGGUGCAAGCAUGAAGGAGGCAUUCUGAAAUUUUUGCAAUCUGUAAUUGUCUCUUUAAAGCCCAGAUUAGCUCAUGCAAGUUCAUCCUCCUUGAAGAAUUCCCAUGAUAGUGGCACAUCCUUGAAGAUUCUCAAGAAAGAACAUAUUGUCACAACUAUGUUUGUUGGAAACUUCAUCGGCAUUAUAUGUGCACGAUCAUUGCAUUAUCAGUUCUAUUCUUGGUACUUUUAUAGCUUACCUUACCUACUUUGGAGGACCCAAUUUCCUACUUUGUUGCGUUUAAUCUUGUUUAUAGGGGUGGAGUUCUGCUGGAAUGUUUAUCCAUCAAACGUUUACUCAUCUGCUCUGCUGUUCUGUCUCCAUUUGAUAGUACUGUAUGGUUUGUGGUCUGCCCCAUCCGAAUAUCCUUAUGUUACCAAUAAGGAAUUGACUAGAAACAAGAAAAAAUGAAUGCCAUUCAGGUAUAUCAGCAAUUGAAGUCAUGAGGAGGGAAUAAAAGUGUAAUUUGGUUAGCCGGAGAACAAAAAGCAAGUGAACGACCACCAAUCUUUGCUCCUUAUCACUCCUAACGUAUUGGAAAACGAAGCUUUUUCUUCUUCU